AUGGCGAUGCGCUGCCGGAUCUGCGCCGCCCGCGGCGUCGACGGCCCCGCCAUGCCGGGCGAGCAGCCGCGGAUCGCUGCCGCCAUGGACGAUGACCUCGAGGAGGGUGAGGAGGGCACAGGGCUGACCCAGGCUGCUGCUGGGAUGGCCGUGCACGACCGCCGCCCCCUACCCCCUGUGCCUGCGGAGCUCCCAGCGGGCCUCUUGCAGGCGCUGAUCGAGGAAUCCAUCAGCAAGUACAGCGAGCUCGUCAGCGCGGUGCGUGCCACCGCGGCAGGGCCGGGCCCGACGCUCACCAGCAGCAGGAUCGACUCGUGGCCCGCGCUCCACGAGCUGCUGCUGCACUUGGCAUACCUGCCGGAGGCCGCAUGUCCAUGGCGCCGGCUUGGCUUCGCCCCCCUCGAGGGCCCAGAGCCGACACUGCAGGACAUGGAUGCUCGCUUCCGCACUGCCCGGCUCCUCUGCUCAGCCUCGCAAUCCCCGACGUGGAGCCUGGCUGACCGCUCGCAGGCGGCAGCUGCGCUGCAGGCGUUCGCCGAUGGGGUGCGCCAGUGCACUGACCGCCUCCCGGAGAUCGUGAAGGUGCGCCGCCAGCAACGAGCGCCCGACCUCCCUCUAUGGCGGGAGCUGGGCGCCUCCGCGCUGGGGAUCCUCCGCGCCACGGCGCCGACGGCAGCGGAGGUGGUGCUCACGCAGUGGUCCACGCUCAAGCUCUCCGCCGAGGCCGCGGCAGCUGCGCGCCCAGGCACGCUGGCAGUCGACGCGUGUCGUCGCGCGGCGGCCCUGGCUGCCAAGGGGGACGAUCGCAUCUGGUCCGAGCUGGGCGGUCGUCCGGCUGUCCUCUGGGCGCCCACGGACUCUUCGGCCCUCGGCCGGCUGCUCAGGUCUUACAUGAAGCGCACGGUCGCCAGCGGCGGCCCGCCGUACAUCCGACUGUUGGUCCCUAUGGACUUGUUCCCAGGGUGCCACACGGUCGCAGCGAUCCAGGACUUGCGGUGGCACCCACUUCUCGGCGAGCGCUGGGUUGGCGCGGUGAAGAAGCUGGAGUACGACGUCACACCGUACAGCACGGUGCUUCCAGGAGCCCAUGGACCUCGACAUGAGCUGCGCGGCUUGGCGAUCUUCACGUUAGCGCCCGACUUGAUCCGCACUCCACCGAGCGUCCUGCCUGGCGCGACGCCGAUGUUCCAGGUCACGGCGGCGCCGACCUACACGCUGGACUUCCCGGCGGAGGCGCUGCCGCAGGUACUCCGGAUUCUCGCGGACCCCAGCAUGCAACUCGUGCGCGCCAGCGCCCCUCACCGGAGCGUGCUCUCCACGGCGGCGGCGAAACGGAUGAGCAUGGAGUGGGCCUUCCCUCCAGGCACUCCGGAGUUGCAGGUCGAGCUCCUGUGGCGCCACCUCCGCCGCUCUUCCCUCCCGGCGAAUGCCUUCUUCGGCUCCGUCGGCCUGCAUUCUGAUGCGACGGCGCUCAUCUGUGAGCUCACUGAGGCGUCGGCGGCACUGCACGCCUGGGAGCUGAGCGUGAGCAUGGUGGCGCUGAAGGAAAACAAGCUCCUGCUGCGCACGGAUGCUGACCCAGACGUGUGGAAGCCUAGGAUGACGACGCUGCUGCAGCAGGACCCGGAGGCCGCCAUAUUGGGUCUCAAGUGGCGCCCCUCUCGGGGUGGCCGUCCGUGGGCCCUGCCAGGAGUCACUCCGGACGAGCUGGCCGCUGCCCGCCGGACCAGAGGAGGCCGGGUUGGGAUGGCUUCCCCUGUCUCCAAUGUGACGGACGUGCAGGUGUGCGGAUCUCCAGGGUAUGACGCCCUCGGGGUCUACCGCCAACCGAUGGCACACAUGGAGCAGGCGACCGGGAUCCACCUGAGGGAGGCUACCAGCGAUGCACCCGCUGGCUGCGGGUACUGGCGCUGGCUGGCGGCAUCGGACCCCGUGGCGCCGCCAGGACGCCUUCGCCUCCACCUCAGCUCGGAAGCGGAAGUCACGGCCGUCCGGGAGGCGCUCCACGGGAAGACGAUUCAGGUCGGGCUGGACCGCAUCGCCUUGCAGGUCACGAGCGACGCGCAGGACCUGCCGGGAAACGGUCGGCGGAGGCGGGGGGCCUGGCAGCCCGCCUCCGCGGGGCACUAG